AUGUCGAGAUCCUUCACCGGCUGCACAAGAUGUAAAGCGCGGCGCCAGAAAUGUGACGAGCAAAGGCCCGUAUGUGGGCGCUGCCAGUCCGCGGGCGUCCAGUGCAAGUACGCCAUGCAGCUGCAGUGGGGUGGACGUGCAUUCUCGCGAUCGCGAUUCGGGGCCUGCGUGGACACGGGGAACAUGCAGAGACUGGAGUACUCGCCAGGGGAGUUUAUCUAUACCACCAAGUCAGCGCAGGCACAGGCGCACGCGCGGGCGCACGCACAAGCACAAGCACCGACUGCAUCGGAAUUGACCUUAACGAGACCUGUCGAUCCAUUCUCCUCCCUCUCGCCGGAUCAAAAAGCCUUGCUCCAUCAUUUCAUAAACGAUGCGUCCCAAAUAACCGCGAGCCACUCGGGCAUGCAGCAAGAUAUCUGUCGAAUGAUUGUGCCCAUGGCCCUCCAGACCCCAUCCUUACUCUACGCGACCACCGCUUUGUCUGCCAUCCACAUCCAAGCCCUCCAUAAUCAGUCGGAAUCCGUAAAAACCGCGCCGGAUAUUGCCCGGUUGAUGGGGCUCAGUCUGGAACAUUUCCGAAAGGAGCUCCAGAAUCCAUCGUCCAAGGACUCGGAGGCGCUGGUAGCGACAGCCCGAACCCUGUGUUUAGCAGAGAUCCAUUCCGGGGCGAUCCAUCCGAAUUCAUGGCGAGCACAUAUCGAAGGUGCAAGGGCACUGAUGAAGACAUUAGGGACGACGGGUGAAAAUUUGCUUCGGACAGAGAGCGGCUUCCGUCGAUACCUAGACCGCUGGUACUGGUCAAUAGUGUCGCUGACAGCAUUGACGGGCAACGGCCCUCCCAUUGGAGAUACGUCAGACUUUGCACCUUCAGAUUUGGCAGGGCAAAGGGAAUCACCGGACUACCUAGAUGAUUACUGGGGGUUCACGAUAGACUUGGCAGCUGUCUUCCGCCAGAUCGGAGCUGCCGCUUGGAGAACCCACCAGGCCGAGAAAGAGAUCCAAAGUCGGGGCUUUGUGGCGGGCGAGAUUGAUGGUAAUGUUGAAGAUGAAGCCGCUGCGCUGGAGGCAUCAAUACGAGAACUCAUGGAUCGAGGCGCGAAUUCUCAGCCCUCGUUCUAUCCUGGGGUAGCAGAAGGGCUGUCUGCAGAAAGUGUACAGCAUCUUGCACUCUGUAACGAGGCAUUCCAGCAUAGUGCACUGAUCCAAAUCCACAGACGACUUCGCAAAACGCCGACCACAUCAGUGCUUGUGCAGCAGUCUGUUCAGCGGAUUCUAGAGUGCACGGCUCAGAUUGGACCAUCUGCUGGUCUGAGCCCGUGGGUAAUGUUGACGACUCCACUAUUUAUUGCGGGUUGCGAGGCUCGCGGUGAAGAUCGCGAUACAGUGCGACAGCUCCUGGCAACACUACACGAUACUAUCCGGGUGCCGAACGUGUUGCAAUCUUUGAGGUUUCUUGAACAGUAUUGGGCCAAUCAGCUCAGUGAGGAUGAGGAUUGGAGUCACUUCCUUGAUCGUAUGAAUUUUGAUUUCAUCCCCUACUAA